AUGACCACGGCGGCUCUACAAGCUUCGACGGCACCGAUCAGCCUGCCUCCGAUCAGCAGCAUCGACUUCCACACUCAAGUCGCACACAGGCCGGAACCAGAAGUUGUGCAACCUCUACCACCCCCACCGCCAGCACCGCAACGUGUGCUGCCACCAUUGCCGUAUCCUUACGCUGUUCGACCAGCCCCGGCACCUGUGCCGCCACCGCCUGUGCCUCACGAGUAUGUACACACACGACCAAUCUACCCGGGGAUACCUUCGCCGUACCAGCAAAUGCCAGGGCGGAUGCCUCUACCCUCGACGACGGACCCGAACCUGAUCGUGGCACCACCCCGACACAAAGCCAAAGAGGUCAAGAGACGGACCAAGACAGGAUGUCUAACAUGCCGAAAGAGGCGCAUCAAGUGCGAUGAAGGCCGACCAGAGUGCAGAAAUUGCAUGAAGAGCAAGCGCACUUGUCAAGGCUACGACCCGGUCUUUCAGACGCAAGGACCGCAUUCCCUGCACCCUGCGCCAUCUGCCUCUGCCAACAACAACAUCAACAACAACCCUCCACCGACCUCCUCCGUCAGCAACCAACCCCGGCGGUUUAUCACCACUCCCAUCAGUCCUCCGGUGACCAAUCACCAUUCCUCCAUUGUCUCCAGCUCGCCUCGAGAUCACGCAGAAUACCCUUUCCCACGGCCGCCAGAACAGAUCCUGCCUCACAUUAAUCAGCCGUAUCAUAUGGACGGGGCGCAUCAACCUGGUUUAGCUCCAUAUCCACCGCCAGGACGAAGUGAGUGGAGUUGA